UGAUUAUUUUGAAAUGAGUCAAGUGACGUGAAUAUCUUUUAGAUCCAAUGCAUGUGAAUCAAUUGAGUACAUAUUGAAAUCAUAGAUACGAAAGAAAAAAGAUUAAUCAUAAUAAUUAAACCAUUUAGCCUUUAUUGUAUUUUUAUUUUAUUAUAAAGUAUUUAUAUAGUUAUUAAAUAACAACACUCUCCAGGCUCCACUUCUAACACUUCAACCCUUGCCUCCCCCCCCCCUCCCACAAUCUCACCUGAAACUCUCUCUCUCUAGUUCUCUCACUCACUCUCAUGUUCGGAAUCACAGCAAGACUCGAUGACCAAAUCGGCACCACAACCACGCCAACCACCAUAUACGUGGACCCACCUCCACAAGACCAGCCGAGUCACAACUCGGACCACCGUUCAAUAGAAACACUCGUCAUCGUCUUAGCCGUCAUCACCAUAUUAUCAGUCUUAGCCGGCAUCUUCGCUAGACUCUGCGGCGGCCGCCAUUUAUCUGACGGAGGAGACCAUGACAUCGAAGGUUGGGUUGAGAGAAAGUGCCGUAGCUGCAUAGAUGCUGGAGUCCCCACCGCCGCCUCCCCUCCUCCUUCUACACCGCCACCGCCACCUCCAGCGACGGCAGCAACAGUGGAGGAGCCGAGUAAACCAGCAGCCACCGAAGAACAAAACAAGAAGUGAAGUAGAAAAGGGUAAAACUACAUAAGCUUUCACCAUUGUGUAAUCGCAUUAAUAUGAAGACUUCUUUUUUUUAUAUGUACCUUAUUCUAUGAACAUUGAUUUCGCAA